AUGGAAAGAGGAGAGAAAGAUGAAGAGUUUGCAAGUUGUGGAGCCGGAUUUGGUGCUCGGACGGAGGAGAUAUUACUGUAUGAAGUUUGCUGUUCGUGGAGGAGGAGAAGAGAUGAAGAAAAUCCAGGUUUUUUCAAAAUUGAACUUCGAAACAAUUACAAUUGUGCUACUGGAAUUUUUGUGAUCGUAACAUCUUCGUUGCAACUCCGAUUUGAGCCCACUACGUAUAUAUGGACUCAUCUCGAUGUGCUCUACACAAUGGAAAUUGAGAUGAAGGAGCCUUCAGAUAAGCUGUCAAAAAUCAAGAUCACUACUGGGCAACCAGCCCUAGUGAAACCAACUACACCAAGUGAUCCAACCCCCUCUGAGACUAAAAAGAAAGCAUAUGCCGCUCCUGACUUUCACAACGCUCCAAAGCCCUAUAUUCCGCCAGUUCCUUUUCCAAGUCAUAUGGAGAAUGCACCGUUGCAUGACCGAGAGUUGCCUAUUUUGCUAGGACGACCAUUCAUGGCCAUGGUCAAGAAAAUAAUUGAUGUGGAAAAUGGCAAGCUUACCAUGAGAGUCCUAGGCGAAACCGUGAAAUUUAAAGUGUUUGAUUCUAUGUCCUAUCCUCCAAACUCUUUAGAUUGUUGCACAGUUGAUGCUUUGUAUGCCGUUGUGUUUUCUAAUUUUGUGCCGAAUCAAGCGAAAACAACACUAGAAGUGGCAUUGACAUUGUUGGAAGAUGACUUGUGCAAUCAUGAGGGAGCAAGGGAAGUCACGGCAGCACUUGAAGCACUACAACUGUAA